GAUGGCGCUCUAGCGCCGUCACACGAAACAAAAUCCUCGCGCCGCAUUCAUCCCGCGCCACCACGAUCGAAGUGCGCCCCCCUCCAUCGCGCAAAAUCGUUCCUGCAUCCCCAGGAAGGUCCUUCUUACGUAAAGGGUAGUUGACGGUAUAGCCAAAGAACGAUGGCAGACAAAAAAGUGAAUGAAUAUUAUAUGCGGCCACCGGUUUUGACCAAAUGGGAGGGUUUCAAACAGUUUCUGUGGAAUCCUGAAACGAACCAGUUCCUCGGAAGGACAGGGGCCAGUUGGGCCAAAAUCUUAUUAUUUUAUCUCAUUUUCUACGCAGUUUUAGUAGGAUUUUUUGUUGCACUGGUAGCAGUAUUCUAUCAAACAUUAGAUAUGAAGAAACCCAAAUGGGAACUAGACAAUGGAUUAAUCGGAAAGAAUCCCGGUUUGGGUUUUAGACCCAUGCCACCAGAGUCCAAUGUAGAAAGUACUUUAAUUUGGUACAAAAGUAGUGAUAAGGGAAACGUACAUUAUUGGCAAGACGAAUUAAGAAAAUUUGUAGAAUCCUACCAUAAAGAUAAUAAUCCACAUUAUAACAACGUCGAACAGUGUAGUAUGUUCGUAAGUCCAACGCCUGGAAAAGUAUGCGAUGUCAAAAUGACACCACAAAAAUGGCAUCCCUGUUUACCCGAGGCCGGAUUCGGGUACGAAGACGAAAAAGGUGGACCGUGCAUCUUCUUAAAACUUAACAAGAUUUAUAAUUGGAACCCUGAGUAUUAUAAUUCGACAAACUUGCCUGAUGCUUCUGUAAUGAGUGAAUAUCUGAGAAAAGAUAUUCUAGAUGCAGAAACAAGAAACGAACAUCUCAUGGUGUGGGUGACUUGCGAAGGCGAGAAUCCAGCUGAUAAAGAGAAUAUCGGCCCGCUGAGAUACAUUCCGCAACGAGGUUUCGCCUCGCAAUACUUCCCCUUCAAAAAUCAAGAUGGGUAUUUAGCGCCAUUGGUGGCUGUACACUUUGAGCAACCCAAACGUGGCGUUCUGAUCAACAUUGAAUGCAAGGCUUGGGCCAAGAACAUCGUCCACGAUCGCAUAGACAGAAGAGGGUCCGUCCACUUCGAACUGAUGGUGGAUUAAGAAAAGCGAUAUCACCAAGUAGGCCAAACAAGGGCUCCGACUACUGCCAUCAAGUAAAAAACUCGAAGGGGUCGUAUUUUUAGAAUUCAAAUUUCAGUAAAAACAUUUAAAACAAAAAACAGAAAAACAUGGCGACGGUCUAGAUAGUUUAGUUAACCAGAUUAAUUAGUUCACGAAAAAACCUUAGGAAUUUUAAACUCUGCCAUCACUGUUAGUUAUUGUACAGUUCGAUUCCGAUAUAAUAUAGUCCUUUGAGAAAGGGAUUUAUAGUUUUUUUUUGCUGUAAAUCUUAGUCUGUAAGUGUGAAAUACAGAAGUUAUUUUUGUUACGUGAAUUCGAUUUAAGACCCGAAAUACCAGCCAAAAAAUUUGUUAAACGUUAUUAAUUAAUUUAUUUUUUUUUAGAAAUCAACUAAUUUACCCCUCGAGCACACCACUGCAUUUUUGUUUUUACUAUUUGUUGAAAUGUAUAAUAAAUAUCCUGUGAAUGCACAUCUUGUAAUGACAUAAUCGUCAAAUGUAAUGUGUUUUUAGGAAAUGUAUCUCAAAAAUUAAGUUGUAGAUGACAUGACAUAUAUUAUAAAAAAAUAUAUAAAUAUUGAUAACAUUGGCAACAUAUGACUAAUCCGACAUUUGACAUUUCUAUAAAAACGAUUAUACCAAAUAACUGACACAAUAAAAAAUAUAAUUUAAAUGGGUAAAACAUAACUUAACACACUAAUAUAUUUUCUAAACCCUUAAUAAAAUAGGUCUUAUGCAUUACCAGUACAAUCCCAUUUUUACAUAUACCUAUUUGAAAAUAAUUUAAUUUAAUUAAUACUUUUACAGCCUGUUGUACCUUUUUGCAUAUUGCAUGACAAAUGACAGUUACAGUUGACAAAUGACAAGUGAUAGUAACAAUGACACACGGAGUACGUUAAGUUGAACCUACAUUUAAAAACCGUUCCAUAAACUUUCUUGAAAGAAUAAUUGCUGUAAAAGUUUUCCUCACACGUUGCCUGAUCUCUAUCUACAGAUAACUCAUAAUUAAUUUUAAUAUUCAACAAAAAAAAAUCAAUUUAUCCUAAUAAUGUAAUAACGAUUGAAACAAAUCUGUAUAUCAAAACUCCAAUGUCUUUAAUAAUCUAAAAAGCAUAAUAUUCGUACUUCUUAAGUUUAACAAAUUUAUAUUGAAAGUAUUUCAAUGUUUGAACGGACUAUAUUUUUGCGAAUCGUCAAACUGUAAUUUUAGGUCGCUUUGGCCACCUAUCACUGACUUCCAUAGGUGUACCCAGGGUAAACGUCAACGGGAGUCGAAUACUUCACUGAAUGCAUAACAUUGAGAGCCAUUUUUAUCAUAGUUAUUUGACGCAUCACAAUAAUUUAUAAAAUAAAAAGUGGUCAGCGUGAGUUAAGAACAUCGGAAUCUCUCUAUAAACAGUUUAAUCAUUUAAACAAGUUGACAGUUCCAGAUUAGCCAAAAUGCACUGCCAAAAUGAUACACUGUGUGAGUUUUUAAAACAUGACAAUUGUGACAGUUUAGAGCAUAAAACAUGUAUGUUAAGAAUCGCAUUUAUGUUCUGGAGCUGUCAUCGGUUUGACAGAUAGCAGGAAUUUUGACAAAAUUGAAAGAGAGUUUCAUUAUAAUUUUGACUCAUUCUGCGAUCUGCGUUAUACUUGUUGAUUGUAUGAGGUAUUCGAGUUAUAACUAAAAGCUGAAGACAAACGUCUUUGUGUUGUGAUAGAGACGAAUGUGUUAAAUAUGAUUUAAUGUAAAUAUAUUUCGUUGUGAUUUUAUAUAGCAUAAUUUAUUAUUUUAUAGUAAAAGUAAGCAGUAUUCGUUUGCAUUGAAUAAUUAAGAAUUAAAAGCGUAGAUGUCCGCAUGUGUACGAGAUAAUUUUUCUAAGUAAUGUGCUUUUUAGUAAAUGUCGCAAUGAUUAAAUCAAACUUUAAAUUUAAAUUCUAGAAUAUCGUUUACAUCCGACAAUAUAGACUAAGAAAACAACGGAUUGUUUUACACACACGUAGCCUAGACAAAAUUACAAUUUUGACAGCUACCUACGCGUGCGUAUUAAAGCUUGUUGUUUGCCAUACAGAUACACUCAUGAAGCCAUUUUAUAUAGAUAUUUUUAUUUAAAAUGCUUUUUAGAAGUUAUUUUUGGGAAAAUUGUUCGAUUGACUACCGAACGUGCGAUUUUUUCACAAAAAUACAGUGUGUAAUAGAUUAAUAGUACGCUCCUUUAGCUCAAAUAGUAUAACGAUCUAUAAAAGGUGUGUACAAUUAGUUUUUGCGCGAGUAGUUGUAAUAAAUUGAUUAUUUUAAAUAAAAAAUUUAUCGUAAAUAAGUAAGGAUGUAUCGCUAUGAUUGCAAUGUCAAAAAAAAACAAAAUUUAGUAAGUACACAAGUGGAUGCAAAGGUGUGCAAUUGCCUUCAAAAAAUGAUUACAGAAAAAUACGGACACCUACGAUAUGUGUUUAAGCACUGUUAAAUUGCUAUAAAUAGUUCUAUUAUAAGGACAAAAAAAAGAAGAAUAUGCAAAAAUUAAUAAUAUUGUUAUAAAAUACCAGAAGAUAAGUGUUAUCUGUACUUCAUAGAGUUUAGUAUAUCCUAAAUAACAUUAGAUAAAAAAUCAGUUUUAAGAAUUUGAAAACAAAAAAAAGACAAAUUCUACCCAGUUUGCAAAUAGUAGACUGAAUAAUUUUUCGGAAUGCAUUUUGCAUAUCAAAAAAGAAAAAAACAGCCGAAGAGGCACAAUAUGGGCGAUAUGGUGACAAUAUUUCAUUCCAUUAAAAUUUACAACGCACAAAACUCAUUCAACCUUAGUUUCUUAUAUCCGGUAGACAUAAUCUCAAAAACUUCAUCACUAUUCUUUUUCCCUCUUUUUUACUAAAUAUCUUAUAAAUAUAAGCAGAAAUAUGACUCCAAAGUUUAAAAUAAUUACAAUAUUAUCAUUUUCUGUAAAUUGUUACUUCUUAUCAAAGACCCGGUCCUCUUCUGCUUUUUAAAAAGCGGCAAUUUUCUCAUGCAACAUUGUAACACCUUUCUUACUUUCCUACAAUCCUAUAGGAAAAUGUUGUGGCAUUUAGCCACAUAUGUUUCCGUAUCCAGCCACUUCUGGCACUUACUAGUUCCAGGACGUGGAAAUAACUCCUUGCUGGGUCAUGGGUUUUAACUGUUUUACAUUGAUACGACCAAUAACUUCAGAUGAUUCGUCCCAAUUUUUAUAUAUUUCCCGACAUACUUACCAGAGACUACUCAACACUUUUGGAUACCCACGAAUACAAAAAAAAAUGAAAUAUUUGUCACUAUCGCAUCUUAGGUUCUAACCAAAAAAUUUUAACUUAUAAAUAAUACCUAAUGUACUUAUUUGUGCAAUAUAUUACAAUUAAUUUUAAUAAGACAAUUUAACUAUAUAAACAAUAAAAAUACAGUUAUAACCUAAGAAUUCUGAGAUCUCAAUAAGACAAAAGAGGCUUGUCCAGUGGUGCAGACACAAUUUUUUGGACGAAUAAUCGUGUUUCUAGCUGCACCACUGGUAGAAUCAGCCAUAAAAGUAAUAAUUUUGAUAUGUUUGUGCUACAUACACAUUGUUAUUCUGCAUUGUAUAUUACUUAAUAAAAUAUUUUGACGCUAAAGAAUAUUCUAAAAACAAAUAAACAUAUUUUACCAAUACGUUGAUUUGUUUUGGAAUAUUAUCUGGUGACAAAGUAAAAUAAAAUAUACAACCUGUUCUACGGCUAAAAGCAUCACUAAUUUGUAAGAUAAUUUUAAACUAUUUACAAUUUUUUUGCAAAAAACUGCUGAUAUUUUUAGCCAUGGGACAACCUGUAUACUUACAUUUAUGAAUGUUGUUCACAAUCUGCAUAGAAGUAAGUUGUGGUCGAUAUUCAACUUUUAAAAUAAUUUCUUUGUGCUUAAAUGUAAUUUUUUAAAGAAUAUAAAUAAAUAGCGGUUCUAACACUA